CGAGAACAGGAGAGGGGAGGGGAACAAUACUCACGAGUACAGAGGUCGCAUUGGAAACAGGCAUUUGGGGACGUCGCCUUGUAUUCAGUUUGGCAAACGUCAGUGUGCUGCUUUGAUUUAUUCGCUGAAGGGGCUAAUUAAGUAAUACCGUCUUUCUGCGACUGGCAAGUGGGAUAUUUUCGGCUUUGUCUUCUGUUAACGUCGCUAACGACACCAAAUCACAAGCUAGCGCGGUUCGAUGGUUUAUCCUGCCAGCGAUGAGCCGCCCGUCCUCCACCGGACCCAGUGCGAGCAAAACGUGCAGUAAGCAGCAGCCGCAUGCUCCUUCACCUGCAGCUCCGGCAACGAUAUCGGUUGGCCCGGGAUCUUCUAGCAUUCCGACUGCGGCUGCUAUUAUUUCGGGGCCGGGAUCCCCGCAACACGAACUCACCUCCCUUUUUGAAUGCCCAGUCUGUUUCGACUAUGUGCUGCCGCCGAUCCUGCAGUGCCACGCGGGACAUCUUGUGUGCAAUCAAUGUCGCCAGAAGCUAACGUGCUGCCCAACUUGCAGGGGUGCUCUGACCCCCAGCAUACGGAACCUGGCCAUGGAGAAGGUGGCGUCUACCGUGCUUUUUCCGUGCAAGUAUGCCUCUACAGGAUGCUCCCUGACGUUACAUCACACAGAAAAACCAGAGCACGAGGACAUCUGCGAGUUCCGACCUUAUGCUUGCCCAUGCCCAGGUGCGUCCUGCAAGUGGCAGGGAUCCCUGGAAGCUGUGAUGCCUCAUCUAAUGCAUGCUCACAAGAGUAUCACCACCUUGCAGGGAGAAGACAUCGUCUUUCUGGCCACAGAUAUCAAUCUGCCAGGAGCUGUCGACUGGGUCAUGAUGCAGUCUUGCUUUGGUCAUCAUUUCAUGCUGGUGCUGGAAAAACAAGAGAAGUAUGAAGGUCAUCAGCAGUUCUUUGCCAUUGUCCUGUUAAUUGGGACUCGGAAACAAGCAGAAAACUUUGCCUACCGCCUGGAGCUAAAUGGCAACAGGCGACGUCUGACUUGGGAAGCAACACCCCGAUCCAUUCAUGAUGGAGUAUCCGCUGCAAUCAUGAACAGUGACUGCCUAGUCUUUGACACAGCUAUUGCGCACCUUUUUGCUGAUAAUGGAAACCUGGGAAUCAAUGUGACCAUAUCAACAUGUUGUCCAUAACAGGGCCUGGGGAUAGUUUUUAUUUUUAAGCUUUAUUGUUUCCCGCCAUUUCAUUAUUCUGUGUUGUCUGUUGUCAUCGUGUUGGUAAGCAAAGCAGAAAGACUGCAUAUCUUUUUAAAACAGUCUUAUUGUUACUAUUUAAAUUUGUUGCCAUAGUAAAUCUAGUUUUUUAAUAUGCAUUUUAAUGAAAGAGUUAUUUAAUUUUCUAUGCAAAGACAGACAAUUUAAGACAAGCCUCUAAUGGCUGUAUUUUCUAUCCCCAUUUUGAUUUUUCAAACAAAAAUUAAAGCUCUUUUUUUGGUCAGGCUUUACAAAGCAUAUUGGGGGGGAAUUGAAAGCUGUUUCUGGAAUUGAGUUAGGUGUGGCAGAAAAGUAAUGAGACUGAUUUUUUAUUUACUAAAGUUUUUAUUUUUUUUCAAACAUCAAUGU